CUUGCUGUGGCAGGGGGAAGCUUUAUUGUGAUGGACAGGCCUUGAGGUCAUCCUUUUAGCAUGGGAAUUUAUCAGUGACUAUUUUUAAGUUUUUGACAGGCGUGGAGAAUAUGGCAUUCCGUGAGUUGAUGAAAAUUAAUUUGGCUCAUCUCGCACUGGGUUUGAAGCCGUGUCGAUGUGUUUUGUUUACUCAGGUCAGAGAGAAAAAGCGAUGGUUAAGGCCGUACUUGUUGUACUUAGAACGCAAAAGGAAGUUGGAGGGUCCACCUUUACCAAAACCUCGCUCACAUCAGCCAAAUUGGGAUUACCAUGCAGAAAUACAAGCUUUUGGUCAUCGGCUGAAUGAAUCCUUUUCAGUGAAUCUUCUGAAAACUGCAUUUGUCAACCCUUGCUACAUUAAGCAUGAGGAACUGAAGCGUCAGGAGCUUGGAGUAGAUAAAGUUGCUAUUGCCCUUAAUCUAGAGGAUAACAAUAAACUGUCUGAAGAAGGAGCAUUAUUUUCACGUAGCUAUCUUACUGAUUGUUUCACACGUACGUAUCCAGAGAUGCCUUCUGAAGGUGUUGCUGCAAUUGUGGGCCACAUCACAAAUCAAGAAGUUAUGAGUCAUGUCGCCAAAAACUUGGGUGUAGAGGACUUAGCCCUAACUGCAGAAUUCCCAGUCCCUCAAGACGUACUGCAGCAAACACUGUUUGCUGUGAUCGGAGUGUUGCUUCAGAGCAGUGGACCUGAAAGAACCGAAUUGUUUAUUCGGGACUUCUUAAUUACUCAGCUGAUUGGAAAAGACCUGUUUGAGCUCUGGGAUGUUAUCAACCCCAUGGGACUUCUAGUCGAAGAGCUCACCAAGAGGAACAUUCCUGCCCCAGAACCCAGACUUACAAGAACUUCUGGAAAAACGACAGCUCUGCCACUGUACUUUGUUGGAUUAUACAGUAACAAGAAGCUGCUUGCUGAAGCUCCUGGUGAAACUCUCUUUGCUGCAGAAGAGGAAGCUGCACGAGUAGCACUUCGGAAACUGUACAGAUACACAGACAAUAGACGCCCCUGGAACUUUUAUAAACCCCAAAAGGAGCAAAUAGAACAGAAGUUUAUAAGUAGCAAUUAGAAAGUAUUGAAAAGUGGAGGGAAAUGAUAAAUUUGCCUUUUUAAAUUUAUAUAAGAAAAUGUAGUUGGUGUAACCAGGGACACUUUGAAGUAGUUCUUGCACUGGGAUGGCAUAGCUGGUACUCUAAGCUCCAUUAAGUGUGAAGGCAAGACAUUGUACCUUUUGUUCCAGCUGAGACGCACUGCUGUAUGAGAAGAAAUGCUCUAGUUUGUCACGUUAUAGAGUAGUACAGUACCUACUAUUUACCUAGUGAUGGAUAUUGUUUUUCCUAAAAUUAUUCAGAUUUAAAUGAUGUAGCAAGCUUGACAAACACAUCUACUAUAAAUUUAUGAUCUGUGUUUUAUAAUUGAUGGCUUUUGUCCCAGUCUUGGUUGUUUUGUAAGAUUUUCACUGCACUUAAUAUAGUACCCGUGCCUGCCAGUAUAAAGAAUAUAAAAGAU